UCAGAGCGGAAGACAACACAGAGAAGAAGAAAUGGCGAUGCUAGGGAGCCUUGGUGCGGCGCAGAAAAAAACAAAUGCACUCGCUGGAGACAGAGAUUUAACGGAAUUCGUAUGCCCUGUUUGUCUUGAAAUCUUCGACAGUCCUGUUAUUACACAGUGUGGUCAUACGUUUUGCCAGGGCUGUCUGCAGGAAUGUCUCCGACCUCAGAAGCCCGUCUGUGCCGUGUGCCGAUCAGGGCUGGAGAAUUGGACCCGAGCCAAUGAUCUAGACGCAGCUAUCCACACGUCGGUUGGUGCAUGCAAGGGCUGUGGCACAGAGGUACCACUGUUCCAGAUGCGGAGUCACACAUCCACUUGCUCCAAAUACCAGGAGUACAUUGAGGAAGGAGUGAGGAGUUCUGCCCAAACCCAGCCUACUGUAAUAAGCCCCGUGCCGAACCGGUAUACUUUUGCCUGUCCCUACUGCAACUCUCCGAACCUGGACCAGGAUGGCCUUGUGGAACACUGCACAGCACAUCAUGCCAGAGACCCACGCCAAGUGGUGUGUCCCAUCUGUGCCUCUAUGCCCUGGGGAGACCCUAACUACAGAAGUGCAGACUUCCUGCAGCAUCUGAGGAUCCGGCACACGUUCUCCUAUGACACCUUUGUGGAUUACUCUACAGAUGAAAGUGCAAUGAUCCAGGAAGCUCUACAGCGCUCCUUGAUGGACCAUUGAGGCGCUCCAGAGUCUGUGAAGGGCGAAGGGAAUGGAAGAGCAGGAGAGAUUGCUGUGGUACCUCAUGUCAGACAUAACCAAGCGUGUGCCUAUCCCAUCCAUGACUAUCCAAAACAUUUCGCCUUCAACUCGGCCCAUUCGACAGAAAACAUUGUCCCGACACUUUACCCAAAACACCCUCGCUGAGCACGACACACAAAUUGAUUUUUGUAAAUCAAUCAAAAAAAAAAAAAACAUUUGGUCUAUGUUAGAGCUUUGAAUGAAAGACAAAUCAUAGUUUAAAAGCUUCUCGUAGUAAUAUCUAAAUAAACUAAACAGUGGGUUCUGUUAAAUCACAAAAUGUUUAUUCUGCCAUAUGUAUCGCGGUGAUGUCUGAGCUUCCAAAGUGAUGUGUUUGUUGAAAUAUCCUAAAGACUUGAUCUAAGUGCAAAGCUAAUAUAAAGAUAGUGAUAGGAGGAUAAGUAAAUGAUGCAAAGCUAAAUUUAUAUACGCACUACCGUAAUCUCUGAUGUUGUACUUGUGUGUGCUCACUAGAUGGCAGUCUCUAGCCAGCGAUUGCUGCUGAUGGCAUAUUGAACUCUGUAUUAAAUGUAGAUCCCAUAAGCAGAACCAGUGAAGACACUGCUUAAAAAUCUGGUAGCACUCUCUCUCUCUCUUUCUCUAUUUAUCUUUCUGUUUUUCUUUCUCUCUUUCUCUUUCUCUUUCUCUAUUUCUCUUUCUCUGUUUUUCUUUCUCUCUUUCUUUCUCUUUCUCUCUCUUUCUCUUUCUCUCUCUCUCUCUCUCUCUCUGUGUGUGUGUGUGUGUGUGUGUGUGUGUUUGUGAGGGUGAGGGUGAGGGUUGUGGAAAGCAUCUGUCCUGGGCAAGUGGAAAUCUGCUUGUCUUCCUUGCUGUUCUUUGGCAGGCAUAGCUUUACGAUUACUCUUCUGUAUGUGUGGAUGGAUGUCUUUUUCCUGUGUGUGUGUGUGUGUGUGUGUGUGUGUGUGUGUGUGUGUGUGUGUGUGUGUGUGUGUGUGUGUGUGUGUGUGUGUGUGUGUGUGUGUGUGUGUGUGUGUGUGUGUGUGUGUGUGUGUGUGUGUGUGUGUGUGUGUGUGUGUGUGUGUGUGUGUGUGUGUGUGUGUGUGUGUGUGUUUUCAUGAGAAGGUAAUCUAGCCUACCCACCUUGUUUGACUUGUCUGGUGCACUUUCUUGAAGUACAUGUGUAAGAGCAACGCAUUGGAAUGUUAAUUGUUGAAGUAGAACUCUUUUUUUGUUGUUUUCUUUAAAGAUAAUAAUAAUAACAAUAACAGGACCGUCAUGCUCUUCUGCAAAAGUGUGCUUCAUUCAAACCAUGAGCAUUGCUGCAAUGGCAUCCUUUGGUCUGAGGGUGGCAGUGUUGCUCCAGUAGUUCCCAAUCCUUCAUCCAGCAAACAAUAUUUACCUGUGCUGCAUACACUACUCAUAUACUCAUGGUCACUGCUUUCCCCUCAUUGCUUUCUUCCUCUAAUGUUUCUCUUUUCUCAUUCAGCUGGUUAUGAGUCUAUGGCGGUGCCCAAACAAUCCAUGUGUAAUGGGACUGGCAUUAUUUUGUGUGCCAUGUCAGGGUUUGCCACCCAGUUCCACAUUGCUAGACUAGAAGUCAUUCCAUCAGUUUGCUUGACUCCAUUGCAUUUGAUUUUUGUAACAUUACAAAUUGAGCUAGACAAAUGGAUUGCUGGUGUAACCAAUGCAUUUAUUACAUUUUGAGAGAAGCUGUGUGGAUUAUACUAUGGAGGAUCUGGUUGUGAUGUUUUCUGUUUGAUUUUUUUUGUUUGUUUGUUUUUUUGUUUUUUUGUUUGGUCAUUUUUAGUUUUAAGAGUAUAAUAACUUAACUCUUUCUAUAUAUCUCUCGUCGACGGCUUUACUAAAUCACUGCCCUUUGUUAACGACAUAUAGAGUAUUCUGGCUAAGCCACAAAUGUGUCCGCACUUCAGACAAUCUUGACUGAGUGAUCAACAGAAAAUGUUACUCCCGUAUGCGUUUCUGACACGCUCAUAUCUGUACUCCGAUCAGGUCGGUGCCUGUAGUGUACCGCAUCAGAUCAUUUUCAAUUAAAAAUCCUUUUUAUGUCUAAA